CUUUUCUGUAAUAAAAUUGACUAUAUACGGAAACCUAUAACUUUCAACACUGUCAGACUACACAAACUGCAAACAGCUGAAGACCACCAAUCUUUUGAUCCACCUGCAGAGUCUUGGACAUGGCAUGCAUGAGAUUCCUUGGGUCUCUGCUAGUAUUCUGUUGGCCCUUUACAUGGAUUUUUCUCUGUGUUCUAGCCCCAUUUGUGUUGUCUUACAAUGAUGGUGACUUAAUGCAAAAAGCAAUUAGCCUCAUGGAGCAGUUCCCUCUAAUUGAUGGGCACAAUGACCUCCCACUUCAGCUUAGAAGAUAUUACCAGAAUAGACUGGAAAGUAUAAACUUAAAGACAUUGAACAGCACAAAAACCAAUAUAAAGAAGCUAAAAGAUGGACACGUGGGAGCUCAGUUCUGGUCAGCCUACGUUUUGUGCAAUGCACAGGACAAGGACGCGGUGAGACUGACCCUGGAGCAGAUUGAUGUCAUCAAGCGAAUGUGUCAAAAUUAUGAAGAUUUUGAGUUUGUGACAACAUCUCAAGGUAUUACUGACACCAAGAAGGUGGCCUGUCUCAUCGGGAUAGAAGGGGGACAUUCCAUAGACAACAGUCUUGGAGCUCUCAGGAUGUUUUAUGAUCUAGGGGUCAGAUACAUGACUCUGACCCACACCUGUAACACACCAUGGGCGGAGAGUUCUUCAGUUGGGGCCCACAAAUAUUACCAAGGAAGCAAAAGCUUGUCGGAUUUUGGCAAAGAGGUUGUGAAGGAGAUGAACAGGCUUGGUAUGAUCAUAGACCUCUCUCACACUUCCUUUAAUACAUCUCGAGCUGUUUUGGAGGUUACCAAGGCCCCAGUAAUAUUUAGUCACUCUGCUGCCUUCUCUGUGUGUGGAAUAUCUCGCAAUGUUCCAGACGAUAUUCUCCGGAGCAUUAAAAACAACAAGGGCCUGGUGAUGGUGAACUUUCAUACAAAGUUUGUGGCAUGCAGUGACAAUGCCAAUAUCUCCAAUGUUGCAGAUCACUUUGACUAUAUUAAGGGUAUAGUUGGUGCACAGUCUCUUGGAAUUGGAGGAGAUUAUGAUGGAGCGACUGGGUUCCCUCAGGGCUUGGAAGAUGUUUCAAAGUACCCAUUUCUGAUUAAGGAGCUGCUAAGAAGGGGAUGGACUGACAGUGAAUUGGAAGGUGUAUUAAGGCAGAACUUUUUGAGGGUUUUCAAUGAAGUUGAAAAAGUUAGAGACAACAUGAUUUCUCAGAAACCAAGUGAGAUGGAGAUUCCAGGAGAUGAAGUGGAAUAUACCUGUCGACUAGACCUUCGGGCACUAGGGUCUACAAAAAAUACAAACUCUAAAGUCCAAGAUACAGCACCAAACAAAAUGAUGGUAACAAUAGCACUCGGAAUCCUGUAUAUACUCAGAAUCUAAUGAGUCUCACUAGGUCAUAUUUUGUGUAACUUCAUUAUUUGUUUAUUGAGCACUGAGAUCCAGAGUCUUUUAGGAGAAAUGUGUUUACAAAAGGGGAAAAAAAUUAUAGCAACAUCUCAAGGAAAUUAUAUAUAUAUCCUUACAGGGUGCUACGUAUCUGCUGUUGCAAAAAUGGAUUUUAUUUUUUAAUGCAGGAAAAUGUAAAAAAUAAGGGGGUGAGCUUUGUAUUGAGUGAUCACAAGUUUUACUUGUUAUGCUGACAUUAGUGUAUUAUUUAACUUAAAGGGACAGUCAAAACCAGAAUUUUUGUUGUUUUAAAUUUAAAAGAUAGAUAUUCCUUUAAUUACCCAACCAACACAGUUAUAAUAAUACACAUUUUACUUCUGUAAUUACCUUGUAUCUAAGCCUCUGCAGACUGCCCCCUUAUUUCAGUUCUUAUGAUGGACUUGCAUUUUAGCCAAUCAGUGCUCACUCCUCGGUAAAUUCACAUGCAUGAGCUCAAUGUUAUCUAUAUGAAACACAUGUACUAACGCCCUCUAGUGGUGAAAAACUGUCAAAAUGGAUUUAGAUUAGAGACAGCCUUCAAGGUCUAAGAAAUUAGCAUAUGAACCUCCUAGGUUUAGCUUUCAAUUAAGAAUACCAAGAGAUCAAAGCAAAAUUGGUGAUAAAAGUAAAUUGGAAUGUUGUUUAAAAUGACAUGCCCUAUUUGAAUCAUGCAAGUUUUUUUUGGACUUGACUGUCACUUUAAGUACAAUUUUAACUAACAACUUAAUAUAACUAAAAAAAAGAAGAAGAAAAAAGACCUUUAUUAAUUUAGCACAACAUUUUUUGAUGGCAGGCCGAGAGAACUUAAUAACCAAUAUAAAAAAGCACCUAUGGCAUGGACCACUACACUUCCCAACUACAAUCCAGUGAGUGAGCACAAUAAGGAGACUGCCCAGGAAUACUUCUGAUUACUAUUGGCUCAGCUAUACAUCAUACCCAGUAUGCUUUUGUUCCUGCUGCCUAGACCCAGCCUAUUCUGGGUGUGCCUUUCAGAAACUUGCACAUGAUGAAAAAAAAAACCCAGGUAGAAGAUCUCCCUCCUGCUUACCACAUUGCAGUACACUAGCUGUGCAACCACGGUACAGUAGAAAAGUGUAUCAGAAGAUCUAAAGUAUGAUUUAAAGCACCCUGAAGUUUCUUGGGAGCUUCAGAGUAAUAACUCCAAUCACAGACUGGUAAAGUAAACCUAAUUCAAACCCUAGAAAUGUCAGUAGUCUUUCCACUGGAACCAUGAACCAUAAACCUGCAAAGGACAGCAGAAACCAAGAGAAAUGAGUGUGGAAAUAAGAAAGAAAGAAAAAGCUACCAACUGUGAGCCCCUCCAAGUGCUCGAUUCUCUAAAGCUCAUCAAUCAGGUGACAUUAUCAAAAAAAACAAAAACAUUGGUACGAUAAAGGCUCCUACAGAAUUCUAGAAAAAUAAAUUUCGUUGUAUCUCUCUUAUGGAGCACUGUCUACAUUUCUUUGUAUUUCAAUUUACUUUAGAUUUAGUCAUGCAACUUAUGAAAUAUAAACUUUGUGUUUUAAUGUAUUAAGAAUUUGUAUAUACCAUUGUAUUAAGGUUUGCGAUUUGUACAAACUUUGAUUGUACUUUGUAUGUUUCUUUGUAGCUUUAAAAAAUUGCAUUGCAUUUUGAAUUUUUUUUCCAAUGUGAAACAAGUCUUGUAUUUUCAGCGUGGAAUGGACUGGGGAAUUCCUUAUACUGGAAAGUGGCAUACCCCGAAUGUGUGAGAAGUGCUCUCAUAACGCUCAUAUUCCUUAUGCAUUUUACACCUGCAAGCCUCACCGAUUUAUCUUGCCAUCCAUAUGUUUAAGUUUGCUAAAAAAUCACAAUACUCUUAUUUAAAUACCAGUAAAUAAUUUAUAUUAAGUAAAUACUAAUUAACUAAAAACAGUUUGUAGACAUUUCAAUUCAAUAUGUAUUUGCUUCAAACUAAGAAUUUACAUCAGAACCAGGUGGUCAUUCAUUAGUUUCUAUGGGAGACAGCACAUAUCUACCUAGGAUAUCCCAGGUUCUGCUUAUUUUCUUUGAGAAUUCAGUGAGGUUUGCAAGAUUAUUUCACUCUAAGCUGGAGAGUUUUUGAAUAUUGGUCUAUAUGUCUCCUUUAAAGAGAUAUGAAACCUAAAUGUAGCCACCAAUCAGCAAGCGCUACCCAGGGUGCUGAAGCAAAAAAUGGUCUGGCUCCUAAGCUUAUACAUUCCUGCUUUUCAAAUAAAGAUACCAAGAGAACCCAGAAAAAUUGAUAAAAGGAGUACAUUUUAAAGUUGCUUAAAAUUGCAUGCCCUAUUUGAAUCAUGAAAGAACAAAAAUUGGGUUUCAUAUCCCUUUUAACUGUCUAACCAUUCCACUAGAAUGCAAGUAACCAAUCAGGUUUGACUGCACAGGUUCUUACAGCACAAGAUAAAUGUAACCUUUAAAGUGACUACAUUCUUAUGCUUGCAUUGCCAUCUCUGUUAUUAUUGUUGUUUUAGAAAUUUUCAAAUACAUAUUUUGUUUUAAAAUAAAGUUCAAGAAUUGUCAUUGAUUACUGAAUUAGAACUGAA